AACAAGAGAGGGUGAGGAGCAGCAGAGCCGGUCUCUCGCUGCCUCUUCCCCACAGCACCUGUCAGGGGCUUUCUGAGAAGAGCAUGAAUGGGCAGAGCAGAACCUCUAGAAGGAAAGAUGACUGCCCAGGAUCCCUCAGAUCUGUGGAGCAGAUCAGAUGGAGAAGUUGAGCUGCUCCGAGACUUGGGAUGUUAUCAUGGCAAUCUCACCCGCCAAGCAGCAGAAGCUCUUCUCUCAAAUGGAUCCGAUGGAAGCUACCUUCUAAGGGACAGUAACAAAAGGACCAGGCUGUACUCUCUCUCCAUAACAGCCAAAGACUCUGUCAAACAUUUUCAUGUUGAAUAUACUGGAUAUUUAUUUAAAUUUGGCUUUAAUGAAUUCUCAUCUUUGAAGGAUUUUGUCAAGCAUUUUGCAAACCAGCCUCUGAUUGGAAGCAAAACAGGCACUCUGAUUGUUCUGAAACAUCCUUAUCCAAGAAAAGUGGAGGAACCUUCCAUUUAUGAAUCCAUCCACGAUUACACAGCAAUGCAAACAGGAAGAAUGGAAAAUGACCUCAUGCCCAUGGCUCCUUCUCUGGGCACCAAAGUUGUUUACCUCAUCAAACAAGGGGGCCUAGUCAAGACAUAGAAAACGAUUUUCACUUUGCAUAGGAAUGAACUGAAAUAUUUCAAAGACCAAAUGUCACCAGAACCAAUUCGGAUCCUAGACUUAACAGAAUGUUCAGCUGUACAAUUUGAUUACUCACAGGAAAGGGUAAACUGUUUUUGCUUAGUAUUUCCAUUCAGGACAUUUUAUCUCUGUGCAAAGACAGGAGUAGAAGCUGAUGAGUGGAUCAAGAUAUUACACUGGAAAUUGUCACAAAUACGAAAACAGCUGGACCAAGGAGAAGACACCAUCCGAUUUCAGUCCUUCAUCUUUAAAUAG